GCCCAAACCCGGGACGCCUUCUAAGUCUCGCGAGAUCGGGCGAGGUGUUUCCGGUGUUGUGAGGAAGGAGAGUGUGCAGCGGGAGGAGGAGGAGGGCGGCCGUCCAACAUGGCGGUCAACCUCCGCGCCCGCUCUCUGAGGCACCUCCGCAUCCGAGGGAGGAACGACAGCGGCGAGGAGAACGUCCCCCUGGAUCUCGCCCGAGACCCCUCUGAUAAUCUGAGAGAGAUUCUCCAGAAUGUGGCCAAAUUGCAAGGGGUUUCAAAUAUGAGAAAACUGGGCCAUUUGAAUAAUUUCACUAAGCUGCUUUGUAAUGCUGGUCAUAAUGAAGAAAAAUUAGGUUUUACUUAUGAAGACAUCAUCAUAUGUUUGCGGUUAGCUUUACUGAAUGAAGCGAAAGAGGUGAGAGCGGCAGGACUGCGAGCCCUUCGAUAUCUUAUCCGAGAUUCCAGUAUUUUGCAGAAAGUAUUAAAAUUGAAGGUGGAUUAUUUGAUAGCAAGGUGCAUUGAUAUACAGCAAAGUAAUGAAGUAGAAAGAACACAGGCACUUCGAUUAGUCAGAAAGAUGAUCACUGUGAAUGCUUCAAUAUUUCCUAGUUCUGUUACAAAUUCUUUGAUAGCUGUUGGAAAUGAUGGCCUUCAGGAGAGGGACAGAAUGGUUCGAGCAUGUAUUGCUAUUAUCUGUGAACUAGCAAUUCAGAAUCCAGAAAUAGUUGCACUUCGGGGUGGAUUAAGUACCAUUUUAAAAAAUGUGAUUGAUUGCCAGUUAAGCCGUAUAAAUGAGGCCCUCAUAACUACAGUCUUACAUCUUCUCAAUCAUCCAAAGACUCGACAGUAUGUACGAGCAGAUGUAGAAUUAGAGCGGAUUUUAGCUCCAUAUACAGACUUUCACUACAGGCAUAAUCCUGACACUGCAGAGGGACAGCUCAAAGAGGACCGAGAAGCACGGCUCUCCGCUAGUAAAAUGGGAAUUGUGGCAGCAUUUCGUUCAUGGGCAGGUAUUAUUAGUUUAUGCAAGCCAGGGAAUUCUGGGAUCCAAUCUCUUAUUGGAGUGCUUUGUAUACCUAACAUGGAAAUACGGAGAGGGCUUCUUGAAGUUCUUUAUGACAUAUUUCGGCUUCCUCUUCCUAUUGUGACAGAAGAAUUUAUAGAAGCUCUUCUCAGUGUAGAUCCAAGCCGGUUUCAGGAUAGUUGGAGACUUUCUGAUGGCUUUAUAGCUGCAGAAGCUAAAGUUAUAUUACCUCACCGAGCCAGAUCCAGGCCUGACCUCAUGGACAAUUACUUGGCACUUGUUCUCUCUGCUUUCAUUAGAAAUGGACUGUUAGAAGGUCUAGUAGAAGUAAUUACUAGCAGUGAUGGUCCGGUAUCUGUCAGAGCAACCAUCUUACUGGGAGAACUUUUACAUAUGGCAAACACCAUCCUUCCACAUUGUCACAGCCACCACUUACACUGCUUACCAACUUUAAUGAAUAUGGCAGCAUCUUUUGACAUUGUAAAGGAGAAGAGACUACGAGCCAGUGCAGCGCUAAAUUGCUUAAAACGCUUCCAUGAAAUGAAAAAACGCGGACCUAAACCUUACAGCCUUCAUCUAGAUCACAUUGUUCAGAAAGCCAUGUCAACACAUCAGCGAAGAGAUCAAUAUCGUGUGCAGAAAGAUAUCUUUAUUCUAAAGGACACAGAAGAAGCACUGUUAACAAAUCUUAGGGAUAGCCAAGUUCUUCAUCACAAAGAGAAUCUUGAGUGGAACUGGAAUCUUAUAGGGACCAUACUUAAGUGGCCAAACAUCAGCCUAAAAGCCAACAAAGAUGAACAAUUGCACAGAUUUGUUCGACGACUGGUAUAUUUCUAUAAGCCCAGUAGCAAGUUGUAUGCCAACCUGGAUCUGGAUUAUGCAAAGUCCAAACAACUUACAGUUGUGGGUUGCCAGUUUACUGAGUUUCUUCUUGAAUCUGAAGAGGAAGGAAGACAGGAAGGAAAGAAGGAAGGAAGGCAGGUGCAACAAAAGCAGGAUGGUCAUAACUAUCUUGAAGAAUUAGUGAAAGAUAUUGUACAAUGGCUUAACUCUUCAUCUGGAAUGAAACCAGAACGCAGUCUCCAGAACAAUGGGCUACUUAACACUCUUAGUCAGAACUACUUCUUGUUUUUUGGUACGCUUUCCUGUCAUCCCCAUGGAGUGAAAAUGCUUGAAAAGUGUAAUGUGUUUCAAUGUCUCCUUAAUCUUUGCUCCUUGAAGAAUCAAGACCACUUGCUCAAACUGACAGUUUCUAGUUUGGACUACAGCCGAGACGGAUUAGCAAGAGUCAUCCUUUCUAAAAUUCUAACUGCUUCUACAGAUAACUGCAGGUUGUAUGCUACAAAACACCUCAGAGUACUUUUGAGGGCCAAUGUAGAGUUUUUCAGUAACUGGGGAAUUGAAUUAUUGGUCACCCAGCUUCAUGACAAAAAUAAAGCCAUUUCUUCUGAAGCACUUGAUAUCCUUGAUGAGGCAUGUGAAGACAAGGCAAACCUUCAUGCUCUCAUUCAGAUGAAACCAGCACUGUCACAUCUUGGAGACAAGGGUUUGCUUCUCCUUUUAAGAUUUCUGUCAAUUCCAAAAGGGUUUUCCUAUCUAAAUGAGCGAGGCUACGUGACAAAACAAAUGGAGAAGUGGCAGAAGGAGUACAACUUGAAAUAUGUUGACUUGAUAGAAGAGCAACUUAAUGAAGCACUAACUACUUACCGGAAACCUGUAGAUGGUGAUAAUUAUGUUCGGCGGAGCAACCAAAGAUUGCAGCGGCCACAUGUCUAUCUGCCAGUUCACCUUUAUGGCCAACUGGUACACCACAAAACAGGCUGCCAUUUGUUGGAAGCUCAGAGUAUUGUUCCUGACCUGAGUUACACUGUUCGUUCUCCAAUGUUGGAUAAAUGGGAAGGGAUUAAGCAACUGAAAGCAGCUCUCUGGGCAUUGGGAAACAUUGGAUCUUCAAAUUGGGGUCUGAAUUUGCUUCAAGAAGAAAAUGUGAUUCCUGAUAUAAUGGCACUGGCCCAGAAUUGUGAGGUUCUGUCUGUUAGAGGGACAUGUGUCUACGUGCUUGGCUUAAUAGCCAAAACAAAACAAGGUUGUGACAUUCUGAAACAUCACAGUUGGGAUGCAGUGAGACACAGUCGUAGGCAACCAUGGCCAGUAGUCCCUGAUGACAUGGAACAACUCUGCAAUGAACUUUCCUCCAUUCCCAGCACACUUAGCUUGAACUCUGAAUCUACUGGAUCAAGGCACAACAGUGAAAGUGAAUCUGCACCAUCAAGCAUGUUCAUUAUGGAAGAUGACAGGGUUGGCAGCACCUCUACUAGCACGUUUUUCCUAGAUAUUUCAGAAGAUGGAGAGCAGAAUCUCUAUGACCAUGUAGGGUCCUUGAAGGAUAAAGAUCGCAGUCCGUUUCCUUUUUUCUCUUCCAGCAGACUUGCAAAGAAUCGCUUUUUAAAUUCUCUUACCUUACCUAAUAAAAAGCAUAGGAGUAGCAGCGAUCCUAAAGGUGGCAAGCUCUCUUCCUCAGAGAGCAAAAUGGGUUUGAGGCGAAAUCGUACAGUAACUGAGCCUUCUUGCAGCAUGGAUUUUACACGGGGUGAUGAUUUCACACCAAUAUUCAGGGUGCCUAAAAUUGAAACACUGAAGCUGGAAACUUCGUUUGUUGGGAGCAGGCAAAAUGAAGAUGCAGAUAGCACCCCAAGUAUUGGUGAAAAUGAUCUCAAACUUCCCAAAAGUUUUGGCCAUGAAAAUCACAGGGAAAAUACUAGCCGAGAAAGGCUAAUAGGGGAUGCUUCUACACAAACAAACUUCAAAAGUCGUAGCUUGAGUUUCAAUACAGAUACCACCACAAGUGGCAUAAGUUCAAUGAGUUCAAGCCCUUCAAGGGAGACUAUGGGAGUGGACACUACAAAUAUAGACACAGACUGUGGGAGUUUAAGUACUGUGGUGAGUACCAAGACAGUUAAAACAAUUCAGUGUUCAACCCUGCAGCCUAAUCAUCUCCCUCUCUCAAAAUCAAAUUCAGUCUCCCUGGUCCCACCAGGGUCCUCGCACACCCUUCCUCGGAGAGCACAGUCACUAAAAGUUCCUUCACUAGCUACUAUAAAAAGCCUGGCUGACUAUAACUUCAGUUAUACCAGUUCUCGAGAUGCCUUUGGAUAUGCUACGCUAAAACGCUUGCAACAGCAGAGGAUGCAUCCUUCUUUGUCACAUUCAGAAGCUCUGGCUUCUCCAGCAAAGGAUGUUCUCUUCACAGACACAAUCACAAUGAAGUCUGGUAGUCUAGACUCUCGACUAACCCAAAACAGGUUCAUAAGAGCUUUAAGUUAUGCAUCAUCUCUAGAUAAAGAAGAUUUAUUAAGUCCUAUUAACCAAAACACACUGCAGCGUUCUUCUUCUGUCCGUUCCAUGGUGUCUAAUGCUACCUAUGGUAGCUCAGAUGAUUACAUUGGGCUUGCACUCCCAGUUGAUAUCAAUGAAAUAUUUCAGGUAAAGGAAACUCCUUAUUUCCAGAAGAAAACUGUGCCUUCAUUUGAUGAUCGGGGCACUCGAGCCUUUGGCCAGGAUGCUGGAGGAAGUUCUAUGGACCCUGUGAAGAGUCCUUUCCAAAUGCUUCGUCAGCAGAUCAGUCUUACAGAGAUUAUGAACACAAGCCGUUCAGAUGCCUCUCAGUUCCUUGAAAAUAUGGAAGACACUGGGCUUCAAGAGCACACAGAAGAUAAUUGUCUUUAUUGUGUCUGCACAUACAUCCUGGGCUAUCAGCAUAAUAAUAAAGUAAACUCUGCAUAUAGUCGCACAGUCAUAAUUUCAAUCAGUUAUAUCCACUGCAAUUCAAUUUUUUUUAUUCAUGUGUAUACCAUUCCAUAUGUCUUGUAUCAAAAUCUAUCAGAAUUUUCAGACAUUCCUUAUUCUGACUGGUGUGGAAAGACCAUGCAUAAUCACUUGGAUGUGGUUUCCCAUUCCUCAAAGUUUUCUGGAAUUUCAGGAUGUAGUGAUGCUGUAUCCCAUGGAUCAGCUAGUAGCACCAAGAGUACAGAUCUUGUCAUAGGUGUAAAGUCAAUCCCAGAUGAUACUCCAGUAUGCCGCAUACUACUGAGAAAGGAAGUCUUGCGAUUAGUGAUCAAUUUGAGUAGUUCAGUGGGAACCAAAGGUCAUGAAACAGGUCUAUUGACAAUUAAAGAGAAGUUUCCCCAAGCAUUUGAUGACAUAUGCCUUUACUCUGAAGUGUCUUACCUGUUGGCUCACUGUACAUUUCGAUUACCAUCUCGACGGUUCAUACAGGAGCUCUUUCAAGAUGUACAGUUUCUACAGAUGCACGAAGAAGCAGAAGCUGUUUUAGCAGCAUCUGCAGAUCAACAAGCAACUAGCCUGUUAACAGAAUCCUGACCUCUUGUUUUCCAUGGUGUGAUAAACAUGAAGUUGCUGAUAGCCUUGGAUAACUUCUAAUGGACUGGGCAACAGAGAGAAGCAUCAUCUUCUAAAUGGCUGCAGGGCUUCUGGGUACAUGUAGUUGGAGUCUUGAGCUACAGAGCAUGGCCUCAGUGGAACUUGCUUCCCCAGCUGUCUGAGCCAACCCUAUGGGAACUAUUUAAACAGUGAAAGAAACAAUUAUGAAGAUAUGCAAGAAGAACCAAUCACCAAACACUUGCACAGGUUUUCAUUUCACAUACUUUAAAAUGCAAUGUCACAAUAGAGGACAGUCUGCAGGGGCACAUUUUACACGGUUGACUUCUGGACAAAACGUGAUAUCUUAUUCAUUCACCCUGGAUCUGAGAAUCAGGGUAUCUUAGGCUGUAUACCAUUGUUGUCAGUGGCGCAUGUGCUAACCGUGGACAUAAGGGCAUUAAUUAUGGGCCUUCCAUGGUAUUUUCUUAAUUUUUGUGAAACACUACUUGGGGGAUUUCUGAUCCCAGAGAGAGAAUCCUCAGUAACUGGGGAUGGUCUUAAGUUAUUUUAUGAUUACUCUAGCAGAAAUUCUAGCUGUUAGCAGUCUGUCCAGUUCUGUUGCAGUUAAUUGUAAUUAUGUGUUAACUAAACUAAUUAAGGAAGUUCACUACAUUGAUUUUAAGAGAACAAAUCACUUAUUCAUCUCCUGGAAUCAGAUUUUCCCUGUACAUGUAAUGCAUGCCUUUUUGGUGGGGUUUCUACAUUAAUGCUCAUCCAGUAUAUAAAUGGGUUGUCUAAAUGUGAACCUUUAACAAGCAUGACGUCAGAUUAAGGGAUGCAUCCAAGUAAAACUAAGAAAUUAUAUGCCUGUUGCUGCUUUUGAUUAAGAAAGAUGCAAAUAAUAAUAAUAAUUUUCACAUUCCAUGGCUUUACAUUUUCUUGUAAUCACUGGACUGCAGGAUAAUACCAAUAAUUGUAGUGAAAACCCUUAAACAUACAGUGUUGAAGCGGCCACUACUUUGCUUUAAUUCAGAGUAACUUUGGAUAAUUUGCACAGAUUAUGUGAUAGUGACAAUGUGUAGGUUAGUUCUCCCCAUCCCUUUAAAAUGAGAUACAUAAUUCAAGUACAGACUUGAAACCAUUGCACCCACAUUGAGCCUCCCUAGUUUCAGGUAACUGAUACAUGCAACCUGGUAUAUGCAUAUGCCCAAUUCCUUUAAUUGCAAAGGCUUUGGUGGACUAUGUUUUAUUUCUCAUUUCUUAUGUAUUUAAAUCAUGCAGCAGGAUUGUUCUGAGAAUUAGGUUCAUCCCCUCUGACCUACCUACUCACCCUUAAAACAAAAAUUAACACAAGGAUUUGCUUGUCAAGGUGGAAACAGCUCAAUUUUGCAUAUUUUUGUUUGAGCUUAAUUAAUGUGCUAAUAAGAUGUUUUUGUGGUAUAAAUUUGUUCUUACAGGCAUGUAGUGUUAGGAGUAUAACUGAAUUAUUUUCUUGUGAAAUGCAGCACUGAUUUACAUUUACUGCCAUACCAAACAAAAAGCAAAAGCAUUUUGCUCCACAGCACAGGAAGAGAAAAGUAGAUGUGUGACAAGAACAGCAACAAAACAUUUCUAGAAGUAUUCUACCUGUUGCCCCGCUCCCUUUGAGGGAUGAGUGAUUGCUCCAUCAAGUUCUUGAAGGCCUCUACUAACUAUGAGGAGGUUCAGUUCCCCUCCCUACCAUCUUGGACUGUUGGGAGAUUGAUCCACUACUCCUUUCCACCACCACAUCACUCUCUCAGUCUGAAGAAGGUACAAAAGGAGUGGAGCUCUAAUUUGGGACUUCUCACCAGUACUUUCCACACAGUGAAAAAUAUUAACCAGUUGACAGUUUCCAGGGAGAUAACUGUGCAGGCAGUUCCCCACCCUAGAAAUCUAGAAAUGGCCAGAAAUGAGAUCUGGGAUAUCUUGUCAUGUACCUUGCAGGAGAUCAUUUAUCCUAAUGCCCCAGGUGAUGGAUACUGUUGUCUGUACUGGAAAUUCAGGGAGGCAUUUCCUUUAAUAGCAAUUUGGGGGAGGAGGAGGAGAUACUCUCAUGACUGUUUCAUUCUUGUAUCAUAUACCAGACAUAGUUACUACCCUGUCUAGCAGCAGGUCAAGCAAUGUCCUUUCCUGAAGUCCCCAGACAGAAAUGUAUGCCUUUUACAUCUAAACAAGAGUUUGUAUUAUUUCUUGAUAAUACUUUUAACACAAUCUGGUAUAUAAAUGGCAAAUACAAGCAAAGUAAUUGAGAAUCUGACCUCCAUAGAAUUAUUGGGGUGUAUUGCUUCAGCACGUGCCAUACCUUUGGAGUGGUAGUGGAAAUAACUUAUAAAAAUGUUGAGAUCCGUUUGACUUCUUAUUCAUGUACUCUCUUUGGUCUCCAGUUCCAUUCUAACAUGUUCUGCUGUUAGAUUUCCCAAGAGGGGUUGUGUUUCAGUCACCUGUAGGGAAUGCUCAUUCUUCCCUUUGGCUUAGUGAUUGCUUGGAAUCUAAAGAACUGAGAAGAGAGGUGAAGAUACUGGAAAGGUUUGGAGAACAUCCCUUUCUUAAAAUGAUGUUUUGAAUAAUUCAAGACAUUAUUAUAAGAUGGUAAAAUUCUUCUUACUAUCUUACUGUUUUGAAUAGGAGGGAGUGUACCUCUCCUACAGGCAGUCCUCUCCCCUUGCAUCUUAUUUUUUACCCUGAGCUGUGGAGCAAAACCUCAUAUUUGUACUGGCACUGAAGGUAAUCCAUUGAGAUUACUAUUUGCAAGUAAGAAUCCCAUCCUGUAGUGUUAGAUGGCAGAACUACUUUUAUUAAAUAUGUGCUUUUAAUUAUAAUGUAAUUUUUGGAACAUAUGGAGAACCAUGGAGGAAAGGUGCUCCCAGCAGGAAUUAGUACCCUUUAUGUUUUUCUAUGGAGAGCCUGUUUGACUUUGGGGUGGGGGAUAGAGAAAGAAGUUUCACGUGUUUCAGUGCCUACCCGCUAAUUAUAUGGAUUUGAUUAAUAAUUACCCAUCAGUAUUUGCAGAGAUAAUCUUUCAGCCUUUAGUACAGUUCCUUUGCAAAACCAAAAUACCAGCCACAGUAGACCAAAUAGUGGUACAUUAGUCCUCCAAAGGACUAAUGUAAUAUUCUCAUUAAAAACUGAAAUACAGUAGUUGUGAACGCUACCUCAGUUAAGCUAGAGUAAUUAGGCUUUUCAUUGGUAGUUAGGUAGUAUUUUGCUGCUGUUUUUUGUUUUUCCUGGCUUUGAAGGAAAGUAAAUUUUAAAAAAGAACUAAAUCUAUAUUUAACAACAAAAAAAUCUCCAGAUAGUUAAGCUUCCUGAUUAUACCUCUUAGGAAAGAUAUUAGAAAUUAUAGAAAGUUAAAAAGUAAACAUUGAUAGCAAUGUGUAUAUAUAUACAUCAAUUCUGAUAGCAGUGCAUAUAUAUUCAAAAUGUUUGCCUGCUGUUUUUGAACACCAAGAACUCUGGUUUCCAUCCAGAAUAUGGCUGAGGUAGCUCUUCUGGAGCCAUAUAUGGCUCCAGAAGAGCUUGUUUCAGCUCAGUGGGCAAUAGUCAUCAAGAAUUCUGUAAAGUAACGUGAAGUGAAUUCUUCAAGAACAAAUAUAAAGAUAUACUCAGUGGAUUUUUAAAUGUGUACAUCAGGGAUGGGUGACUUGGAGGCCUCCAGAUGUUGUUUGACUGCAGUUCAAGAAGCAAAGCCAAAUGUAAGACCAUCUGGGAGUUGCCACCCAACAGUGUCUGGAAAGCUGCAGGUUCCCACUUCUGUAAUAUCAAAAGUAUUUCUCAAAUGGCAUUUUAUGUUUAAUUUGCUAUUUGACUUGAUGUGAAUGAUUAUACUCUGGUACAUGACUUAUCGAUGAGUUUUUCAGUAAGAUGGUGUGUAUUCUGAACUGAGUUUACUCACUGGCAGAGUUCUACUAGACCACAAGUUCCCAACCUUUGGUCCUCCUUUUGUUUUGGACUUCAGAUCCCAGAAGCCCCAGCCAACCUGGCCAACAGUCAGGAAUUAUGGCAGCUGAAGUCCAAAACAUCAGGAGGAUUAAGGGUUGGGAACCACUACACUAGACCAGUCUUUAACAUCUCCUUAGAUCAUUCCUGCAUGGCUUCUGAACCAUCAACCCAAAUGCAGCAAAACAGCCUUAUGCUGUGACUUGAGAACCUCCCUUUCUGGUUUUUCAUAAUUUCCUGUCUUCUUAGACUCCCAGGACAAAGAGAAUAAAAGGAAGACUUAUUGAGCACAUGGUUGACUUUUGUACUUAGCUAAUGGGCUGCACUGGCUAACAAUAAACAAAUGUGCAGGCAUGUGCAAGCUUCUGCACUGACAUUUCCCCUUAAGCACUGAACUCAAAGCUCUGGAAGAGGUUCCUUAAAGAGUAACUGAUAGUCCACAGAGGAGAUCUACACUUGCAUCACACUUUCAAUUAUGUAGGCAUGCAAGACCAUGCCACUUCCUUUGUGAUCCCCUACCUCCACUCCAAUGGGUAGAGGACUGGAGGUUUGGCUCAGUCUGUUUUGUACAGAAUUAAAUAUGCUGAACAAAAGCAACCAGGCCCUGGACAGAUUCCUAUGUGGUAGUAUCCCUCUCCCAUAAUGAAGUGCAUUCAAGCAAAAACCAGGAGACCUUGAUGCUGCAAAAGUAAUUCUUGAAGCAGGGGUGAGGAAUCUCGGUCUUCCAGAUGCUAUGGGCUAUAAGUUUCAUAAUCCCUGACCAUUGACCAUGCUUGCUGGGCUUCUGAGAGUUGGAAGUCCAAAACACCCAAAGAGCCAAGGUUCCCUCAGUCCUGGGGAGCUAUUUGGACUUGUGUUCAGUUUGUUUCUGUGCAAGCUAGUAGAAGAGUGAGACAGAGAUACACCUAAAAACUCACACUGGGGGUUCUUUGAAUCUGAGUCUUAAAUUAGGGCUCUCCAUGCCUUUGAAGGAGUAGAUAAACAGUGUCUCAGUGGUUUUCCCUUUGGUUUUCAUUCAUCACAUUCCAAAAUCAAGGAGUUCUGUUUCCUGUAAAAGAGAAGUUUAGUGAUAAAGUAGGUGUUAUGCUCUAAACAGGCUGUGAGGUAACCCCUCCCAUUCACCAUCUCUGCCUAUCUGUAUAUAACAACACAGCAAUAACCUGGAUGCACCUUUUGAAAGUUAGGAGUGGGGGAAACAGAACCAGCAUGCACAAGGACAUUGGAGGUUAAGAUAGCAUGCCUUUAGCCUUCUGUAUAUACAUUGGCUGGAAUCCUGUUGGUAGCAUUUGCAGACAUAAUAAUGCUUCUAUACAUGUUUUAGGCCAUUAUGGGAAAAGAUAUUGUGCAGGACCCCUUUCUGAGCAAAAUUGAUCAUUUCCAUGCCAGAGCAUAUUCUUGCUGCCAGUUAGUGGCUGGACAAGGACAAGGGACAUUCAGACAUCAUCUGGCUGCAAUUGUAAAAGACAAUGUCAUCCUCCCAGAUCUUCCAUGAGUACACAUAAAUUCACUUGAGAUCUUAGAGGAUUAUAUCUUCUUCUGCUGACUGAAAACUUCCCUGGGGCCUUGCAAACAUUCCUGGCCGCUACUCAACAUCCUUUGGCAUGGAAAAGGUUGAUUUGCUGAGGCAGAAAAGUGAGGGGGGGGCUGAUAUAGUAUCUGGAAUGAUCCCAUGAAAUAGGUUCAGUGCCCUGAAAUUGUUUCUCAAUCUGAAAAAAAGUAGAAAGUGACAGAAAAUGCCCUCCUUUCUAGCAUCUUAUAGUUGCACUCAAUAACACUUGGCAGUAGCUUCCCCCAAACUGAAGCCAUUUGGGUUUUUGCAUUACGAUUCCCAUCACCUUCAGCUGUCACAGAAAAUAAUUACUCUGCUUGGACAUGAUUGUUGUCAUCUAACGUAUCUGCCAGGUGCCAGUUUGGGGAAGGCUGUUUUACAGUAUAAAGAUGAAAUAGGAAUAUUCUGGAGGCUUUUCACUCUUUCAUAGUUGCUGUUUCUUGCAGCAGUGUAUAUAAGUUACAGAGGGCUUGAGGUGCUUUCAGUUUUAGAUGGCUAAGCUUUGCUGAAUCUUGCCUUAAAUACCUUUAUAUCAUGAUAGAAAAAGAAGCAGUUCUUUUGAGAUUGUCUACUGCAGUAAUCCCCGUUAUCUAGCGUGGUGGUUCUCAAACUUUGGUCUGCCCAAUGUUUAAGACCCCCAGCUCCUAGAAUUCAAGACCCUUUGGCUUGCUGUCUGCGAUUUCUGGGAUCAAAGUCCAAAACAUCUGGAAGACCAAAGAUCAAAAAGCCCUGAACUGGCCCAGAAGUUGGCCAUCUUGUUCCCUCCAGAUAUUUUAUGCUACAGUCAUUUCCAUCUGGCAUGCCAACAGCAAGGAGUUGUACACGUCAGAGUUCAAAAACCUCUGGAGUGCACUGGGUUGUUUAUCCUGAUCCUUCUGUUUCUGUACAGAAAAACAUAACCCUGUAGAUAAUGUGUUGCAACCUUUUUCAGUUACUUCAGUUCUUAAUAUUACAUUGUGGCUAGGGGUAUGCUAGCGGUGAUGGGAACAUGGUAGAAUCCUGGUUAAAAAUUAUCCUUUUUCUAGAAAUGAAAAUUGCCCAGUCCUGAAUUUAUUUUUAUUUUUUUAGGUUUAAUCUUCUUAAACUUCCAGUUUACUACUUGUUUUUGUUAACCUGUUUUUUUUAAAAAAAAAAUCCAUAAAAGUAAAGAAUGUGUUAUUUUUUUCUUUUGACUAUUUUUGUAAAACAGGUGGAUUGCAAUGCCACAGCAUGCAGAAAUUGCACUUUUUGCUUGACUUCCUUGUAAAAUAAACAUUAUUUAAUUUGAAAGAAAUAAUAAUGUAAUUUAUGCCAAAAAAAGAGAGAAAAAGUAACUUGCCAUUUUCCCACUGCAUAAGUUAGAUUAGCACAAGAUGCAAAGAACUUUGGCAGGGGUAGAGUUUUAUAGGCAUAAACAUGGGUGGGAUGGGAUGGGAUGAAUUCUACUUCAGAUAGUGGCUGCCAAUAACCCAAACAAUGUAUGUUAACUAGAGAUGAUGUAAAUUAAUCAUUCUGAGGAGGGGAAGUGAUUAUGAAAAUGUUCAAGACUAGUUUUCCCUGCUCCAUGUGGUCAUAAUUUCUUUAUAUAUAUAUAUAUCUUAGUUGAUGAGCUGCUACAUAUUUGGAAGUUCUAUUGUUUGUAGGUCACUGAAUGGACAUUGAAAUCUGAUUUAUAUUGUAUACUGUAACAUAGAAAGAAAAGUAUUUAUAUAUUUUCUGUAUGAAUAUUUCAUUGAGCUGUGUAUAAUUUUAAAGAGGCUUUGUCUCCAAAUGGUUCUGCCCAUCUUGAUUUUUUGUUUUGUUUUGUUUUUGUUUUUUUGUUUGUUUUCUUUUUGUAUAGUGUGUACAGUUUGUGUCUUUGAACAGUAAAAGCCUCCUGGAGCAUUAUCUUAUUAAAGGGAUGCAUUGUUAAUAAAAUGAACUUUAAACUUCAAA